GCCCGCAUGUAUUCAUUUAUCGUGCCGACACUGCGGAGCCAUAAAUGAAAACAACAGCGCGUUGAUAUUGCAUGCAAGACUUAGAAAUCCCGCCGUCACUGAAGUAGUCAGUUGUCAGUGCGUAUUUUUUUAGUGAACAUCGAAGUCAGUUCAUAUUGUUAGUCCCCGCAUUCGCACAAAGAAGCAGAAAAAAACAGAUUUGCAAGUACACUUCAUUUGUCCUUGAAAUUGACGCCCAACAUUGUGUUCUAGUUUAGAAAAAAAAUUGGCAAAAAGAAAGAAAAGUGAAACAAAAUGCUGCGAAAUCAAAAGGUUUGGAGUGCGAAAAAAGUUGUGUUACUGUGCCAGAAAUCGAUUUAGCUUUUUUUGGUGUUUGACAGACGUGAUGACUAAUAAGCUAUAAAUAGAAACCGAAACAGUUUUUUUUCUUUGACAACAGAAUACAAAAAAACUAGACCAACAUCAUUGUUCGAAAUAAAAGUGUGGAAAAUAAAAACAAAAUUGUCACCAAAAUGCCGACAACUUGUGAAAUUGAUUUUGAAAACAAUCCGCUGAAAGUGAUUUAUGCCGGCCAACUUCUACGUGGAACCGUUCAACUCACUUCGACGGAAGAGAAAAAUGUUCGCGGUGUUUAUAUUUGUAUACACGGAAAGGCUCAUUGCUAUUGGACGGAAGGUUCCGGGGAUAAUCGCAGAACAUACAGCGGCGAUGAAGACUAUUUGAAUGAACGAACGUAUUUUGUAGGUGGAAAUAGUGGUGAAAUUCGAUUAUCGCCCGGAAGCUAUAAUUACAGUUUUCAAUGUAUGUUGCCACCCGGCCUGCCUACAUCGUUCGAAGGUGAAAUUGGGUACAUUCGUUACACAGCCCGCGUCGUUCUUGACAUCCCACUAUGGCCUGAUAAAUCAUUUGAAGUACCGUUCACCGUUAUCAAAGCCAUCAAUUUGAAUGCAGAUCCAAGGCUCAAAGAACCAGCCAUUGUUGAACAAAACAAAACGUUUUCCUUGUGUUGUCUACUGUGCUGUUGCUCAUCGGACCCAAUGCGAAUUAUUGCUCGCACACCAGUUGGAGGAUACGCUCCGGGUCAAAUCAUCAACUUGGAAAUUAAUGUCAAAAAUGAGAGUGACCAGCCCGUGUCAGAAUUCACGGUACAACUGAUAAAGCAAAUCAAUUACCACACACAUGCGGGCAGUGCGCGUCAAAAACAUGAAACGAUUUCGAUAAUCGAGCAGGAUACACGUGGCUGUGACGUAAGCCAGGAGGAGAUAAUUCGUGUCAACAUGGAAGUCCCACCAAUCCCUCCAACCGACUUCGAUACGAGCAAUAUCGUCAAAGUUAGAUACUCAAUCCGCAUAAUUGGUUCAGUGGCAUGCUGUCACAAUAAUCCGGUCAUUGAUCUUCCAAUCACCAUCGGUUCCUAUCCCAUUCAGGAUGCAUCGCCAGCGUACGCUGGGUAUCCCAUCGGCUAUCAGCAAUCCAUCGGAUAUCCUCAUCCAAAUAAUAUUCAAACCGAUAAUAUAAUUUCGCAACAGCCAUCGGCCCCACAACUGACAGACCAAAGUAACUUCUCUACACUGCCAUAUCCAAGCGCUGCUCCGAACGCUCCAUUCCAAUUCCCAAAUGAAGAUCCUCCAACAUACGAGGAAGCAGUUAUAAAGGGCGGAGAAGGCGAUAACUUCAAACCAAAAUAUCCAAUGUUCAAACGCAACACUUCUUACUCAAGCGGAAAUUGAAAAUGUUCUUGCUUUAAGACCAAUAUUAAACGAACGGUCAAUUUUGACCAAAUGACAAUUUACUUUUAGCUCAUACACUUACUAGCCGUAGUAUUCGUAAUGCUUCGAUUUACAUUAUAAUAUACAUCGAGUGGCACAUUUUGAUAUAAAUCUAUUUGAUAUGGCUUCAACGCUGCUACCUCAUUAUUGAGACACAGUAUUUCUUAUGGUAUUUAGAGUGAAUAAAAUACAAUUAAAACGAACCAAUUAAAAA